GGGGCGUCGACCUCACGUUCCUCGCACGCCCCCUUCUCCUCCCGUCCCCUGCAGGGGAAAAGAAACAUAAAGAGAUGAGAGAUUGCUUCCUCGCCCAAACCCUUCCCCACCGGUGCCCAAGAGAGAGCCUGCGCAUCUUAUCAGUGUAGCUCCCGUCCGCCGUCGUAUCAGCCUUAAAUCGGAGCAGGUUGUCUGCCCUCCCCCUGGUAUCCCGGAAAACCUUGGACCGCAGGACCAUAGUCAUGUCUUCCAACCUGUCAAACUUCAACAAGCCAUGCAGCGGUUGUCGACGACGCAAAGUCCGCUGCGACAAAGCGAAGCCGUGCCUCAACUGCGUCCGCCAUGGCAUACCCUGCAUCUACGACCCACAGAGGGACAUGGGCGUUCCCACCCCCGAGAGCCAGCAGCAGCUUUAGGACAGAGUCGACCGCCUGGAGAGGGUCGUCGAAGAUAUGAGAGGCAUGUCGUUAUGG